CCUCUGGGCCAAAUCCCAUAAUGGGAUCUUGAGGUUUGAGCAUAUGAAAAGCCAGAUAUGGCCAAUUCACUAGCCCAAUAUAUUUUCCACAUGCAUAUUAAAAACAAUCUCUCUAUAUUAUCCUUGAAACAUCAUUAAUGGUACAGAAAUUAGGGAAAAGUUCAGAAACUGUUUGUUGAAAAAAAGCUACAAAAGUAGAUAAAAUGUUAAAAACAAGUAAAAUAAAAAUAGAAACCUCUUCAGGUCGUCAUGUGUUUGCUGUAUAAAAAGCUGUAAAGGGACGUCUUCUCGUAAAACUAUAAUCUUCUCUCUCUCUCUCUCAGUCUCUAUCUUCUCUGUCAGAAGCUUCCGUCAUCAGAGAGUAUUAGAGACUGACACUAUUCUUUUGACUUCACACACUCACUCUCUUCCCUAACGGUUUUUCCACACUUAAAAGAAAUUUACACUUUUGCCACUCCUCCGGCGAUAACCAUGAUCACAUGGCACGACCUCUACACGGUGCUCACGGCGGUGAUACCACUCUACGUGGCUAUGAUCCUCGCUUACGGCUCCGUCCGCUGGUGGAAAAUCUUCUCACCGGACCAAUGCUCCGGGAUCAACCGCUUCGUCGCCAUUUUCGCCGUCCCUCUCCUCUCCUUCCACUUCAUCUCCACCAACAACCCUUACGCCAUGAAUCUCCGGUUCAUCGCCGCCGAUACACUCCAGAAAGUGAUCAUGCUCACUCUCCUAACAAUCUGGGCUAACUUCACUCGCUCCGGUAGCCUCGAAUGGAGCAUCACCAUCUUCUCCCUCUCCACGCUCCCCAACACGCUCGUGAUGGGGAUCCCUCUCUUGAUCGCCAUGUACGGCGAAUACUCCGGCUCGCUCAUGGUCCAGAUCGUCGUUCUCCAGUGUAUAAUCUGGUACACGCUUCUCCUCUUCCUCUUCGAGUACAGAGGAGCUAAGAUUCUGAUCAUGGAGCAGUUCCCGGAGACGGGGGCUUCCAUCGUCUCUUUCAAAGUCGAGUCCGACGUCGUUUCGUUGGACGGCCACGAUUUUCUCGAGACGGACGCCGAAAUCGGCGACGACGGGAAGCUACACGUCACCGUGAGGAAGUCCAACGCUUCCCGGAGAUCUUUCUGCGGUCCCAACAUGACUCCGCGUCCGUCGAAUCUCACCGGAGCCGAGAUUUACAGUCUCAGCACGACUCCGAGAGGAUCCAAUUUCAAUCACUCCGAUUUCUACUCCAUGAUGGGGUUUCCCGGUGGCCGUCUCUCGAAUUUCGGUCCGGCGGAUAUGUACUCCGUUCAGUCGUCGAGGGGGCCGACUCCGAGACCUUCGAAUUUCGAGGAGAGUUGUGCUAUGGCUUCUUCGCCUAGAUUCGGGUAUUACCCGGGUCCAGCCGGGUCGUACCCAGCCCCGAAUCCGGAGUUUUCGUCCUCCGCCGUAAACAAAACCGGUGGCAAAAACAACCAAACCGGCGGGAAAUCGAAUAGCCAUGAUGCGAAGGAGCUCCAUAUGUUCGUCUGGGGAUCCAACGGGUCACCCGUAUCGGAUCGAGCGGGUCAUCAGGUAUUCGGAGGAGCUGAUAACGGAGCUAACGAACAAGCCGGAAAAUCCGAUCAAGGAGCAAAAGAGAUUCGAAUGUUGAUCUCUGAUCCUCAUCAAAACGCAGAAACUAAAGGUACUGCUCCGACGAAUGUAGACUUUGGCGGCGAAGAAGAGUCGGAGAGAGCGAAAGAAGGUCCAAACGGACUACACAAGCUUCGGUGUAACUCAACGGCGGAGCUAAACCCUAAAGAAGCCAUCGAAACAGGAGAAACCGGACCGGGGAAACAUAUGCCGCCGGCGAGUGUGAUGACUCGGUUGAUACUGAUUAUGGUGUGGAGGAAACUGAUAAGGAACCCAAACACUUACUCUAGUCUCAUUGGUCUCAUUUGGGCUCUCGUCGCUUUCAGGUGGAAUGUGGCAAUGCCUAAAAUCAUUCAGCAAUCAAUCUCAAUUCUAUCUGAUGCUGGUCUCGGUAUGGCAAUGUUUAGCUUGGGGUUGUUCAUGGCGUUGCAACCGAAAUUAAUCGCUUGCGGAAACUCGACGGCAACUUUUGCAAUGGCGGUUAGGUUCUUGACAGGACCAGCUGUAAUGGCCGUUGCAGCCAUGGCUAUCGGAUUACGUGGAGAUCUAUUACGUGUGGCCAUUGUUCAAGCUGCAUUGCCUCAAGGGAUCGUGCCGUUUGUGUUUGCCAAGGAAUACAAUGUUCAUCCAGCAAUCUUGAGUACAGGGGUAAUAUUCGGAAUGCUUAUCGCAUUACCGAUCACACUUGUUUACUACAUUCUACUCGGGCUUUAGAUUGAGAAGUUCUGCUUUACGAUAAGUGAUUGAAGAGGAGAAAGAGAAACAAGAGAUUUCCAAGAUUAGUGAAACCAAGCUAGAGAAUGUAACACGAGAGGUUUUAUGAAGGGACGUCUAAGAUUUGAUUUGAAGUUCCAAGAGCCCUGUUCUUGUCUAUAUCUUCUAGGGAUUAUUUGAGAAAGAUGGGGAUGACAAUGAGAGAGACAAGAAGAGCAAAACAAGGGAUACAUGACAAAAGCAACCAAUGGAGGAUAAAACCUUUUUUAUGAUAUAUUUUAUUUUGUAAUUUUCUUCUUUUACUUCCAGUGUGUUUUUGAAUUAGAUAGAUAUUCAGUUUCUUUGGUGCUGUGUAGGUUGUCUUUGUGGAAAGUGUGGUUCUGUAUAUUAUCAUUUCUCAUCUGGUUUACAAUGUUCUCACAAAGAACGGUUGUGUAAUUACUAUUUACCAUGAUCAUUUAUAUAAAAAAACAUCUUCUAGUGACA